AUGGAUCUUUUCGUUAAGCAUUUGUUAUCGGGAAAGACAAAGAAGGUUAAAGCUGUAGCAUCACAGGAAAGGGCUGACUUUUAUUCUGAGAAAAAAGCCAAUUACUUGAACAAUCAGGGGGUUUCUAAGGCGGUGGAAAAGGAAACCAAGGUUGGAACUACUAUGAUAAAUCUAGAUAUAAGGACUGUGAUCAAGGUUGAUAAGUUGGAGAAGAAUAAUGGAAAGGAGACAGAAGUGGUGAUUACCACUUUUCCAAAGCCACCUCCUCCAUUUCCCAAUCAGCUAAAGAAAAAAGGCAACAACAUAAAGUUCAGCAAAUUCAUGGCUACGCUUAAGCAGUUAACAAUUAAUCUACCAUUGGUGGAGGCAUUGGAGCAAAUUCCCAGGUACGCAAAGUUCAUAAAAGAUCUUAUCAUGAAGAAGUGGUCAGUUACUUUUAAGCUGAUGGACAACCUCCAUCAUUGUGGUGCUAUUUCCAUAAGGUCUCUAGUGCUUCAAAAGGUAGAUCUGGGAGCAUUUACCAUCCCAUGCACUAUUAGGCCUCUUGACUUUGCAAAAGCUCUAUGCGACUUGGGAGCUAGCAUCAAUCUGAUGCCGCUGGAUGUUUAUAAAAAGUUGGGUUUGGGAGACACCACACCUACUAACAUGUGA